GUUGGCCGUUGCGUCUCGUUCCCGGACGUCCCUUUUUUUCCCCCCCCGCCUCGUUCUACCUCGCCCAUCAUGUCUGGCCGCGGCAAGACCGGCGGGAAGGCCCGCGCCAAAGCCAAGUCGCGCUCUUCGCGUGCCGGCCUGCAGUUCCCCGUGGGCCGCGUCCACCGGCUGCUGCGGAAAGGCCACUACGCCGAGCGGGUGGGCGCCGGCGCACCGGUCUACCUGGCGGCCGUGCUCGAGUACCUGACGGCCGAGAUCCUGGAGCUGGCGGGCAACGCGGCCCGCGACAACAAGAAGACGCGCAUCAUCCCCCGCCACCUGCAGCUGGCCAUCCGCAACGACGAGGAGCUCAACAAGCUGCUGGGCGGCGUGACGAUCGCCCAGGGAGGCGUCCUGCCCAACAUCCAGGCCGUGCUGCUGCCCAAGAAGACCAGCGCCACCGUGGGGCCCAAGACGCCUUCGGGCGGCAAGAAGGCCACCCAGGCCUCGCAGGAGUACUGAGGGGCCCCGCGCCACGCCACCACACAAAGGCCCUUUUAAGGGCCACCACCUGUGUCAUGGGAAGAGCUGAGCCGCGUGGGCCGCGGCGCCCGGCCUCCCCCUGCCCCCGCCG